GUUAAAGUGGGGGGAAAAAACCACAAACCUAGGAACAUCAUUGACUGGAUAGAUUUUUCAACAUGAAUCGUGCUUUUAGCAGGAAGAAAGACAAAACAUGGAUGCACACUCCUGAAGCCUUAUCAAAGCAUUAUAUUCCCUAUAAUGCAAAGUUUCUUGGCAGUACGGAAGUGGAGCAACCCAAAGGCACGGAAGUUGUAAGAGACGCUGUUAGGAAGUUAAAGUUUGCAAGACAUAUCAAGAAAUCUGAAGGCCAGAAGACUCCCAAAGUUGAGUUACAAAUCUCAAUCUAUGGUGUAAAAAUUCUAGAUCCAAAAACAAAGGAGGUCCAGCACAACUGCCAACUCCACAGGAUAUCGUUUUGUGCUGAUGAUAAAACCGACAAGAGAAUAUUUACUUUCAUAUGCAAAGACUCAGAAUCAAAUAAGCAUCUGUGCUAUGUAUUUGACAGUGAAAAGUGUGCGGAAGAGAUAACUUUAACAAUUGGUCAAGCAUUUGACUUAGCUUACAGGAAAUUUCUGGAAUCUGGAGGAAAAGAUGUUGAAACAAGGAAACAAAUUGCAGGUUUACAGAAAAGAAUUCAAGAAUUAGAAACUGAAAACACAGAGCUGAAAAAUAAAGUUCAAGAUCUGGAAAACCAGUUAAGAAUAACACAAGUACAUGCAUCUCCGCUGCUGCACAUAAAGUGUGAUAAUGAUGAGCAUAUGUUUCAAAGACCCUCUACUUUUUUCUGGUGUAACAAUGAGGAUUCACCUCCUUGUAUAGAUAUCUCUUCCAUUACGCUUACUCCUAGGAGUUCUCCUGACUCUAGACUACCAUCUGGAUUGUUAAUACCACCACCUUCAAAAAAUGGUCUUCCAAAGCCAACCAGUGAAUACAGCUUCCCAAGACCUCGUGUAACUCUGCUGUUCAAAAGCUGUUCAGUUGUUAUGGCUUUCCUGUGUUCUCUGUUGUGUAUUUAACUCGUACUGAAAAUGUGCAUUUUGUACAGUAGUUAAAGGACAGAGCAGAUGAUCUUAGGUUUUCUAGGGAUACUUUUAAAAUACAGAAUCUGCCGAGAUUUAAUCUUAUUUCUAUGUAGCUUUUUCUCUCCCAUCCCCCAAACAUAAAUUCAUCUUUUCUCAACACUUGAAAAUUAGUCAAUUAAUUGCCGCUGUGUUUCCUAUCAAUCUGUUGUUAUAUUUCUUUAUAUUAAGAA